UCCAAAACAACACCGUUAGAAGUUGAAAGUUGAAAGUUAAACUGAGAGACAACAAACCCUAAUAUGCCAAUGUCGUUGUCCCGUCAAAGUCCUCCGCCAUCUCCGAAAAUGGCAUCACCUUCUUCGAUGUCUCCUGCCACCGUCUCACGUAUAAGAUCGAACUCCCUGAAUCCGAGUUUUGCUGACCUUCCAUCAGAACUCCUAGAUAUAAUAAUGUCUCGUCUUGUCUUAGAAGACAACAUCCGUGCAUCUGCGGUUUGUAAGUCAUGGUGUGAAGCUGCUGUACCUCUCCGUGUAGUGCAAAAACAUCCUUGGCUUCUGUGCUUUCGUAACCGUAGCAAGUUGGUUGAACUCCGCGAUCCAUUACAGUGGAAUUUGUACACUUUGAGUUUGCCAGAGUUAUCUGAGUCCACUGUGUAUUACUCGAGAGAUGGCUGGUUACUUAUGGUUUUGGAUAAACCAAGAUCGAAAGACGUGUUCUUCUUCAAUCUGUUUUCUCGGGAGCAAAUAACCUUGCCAGAGUGUGAGCUGGCUUUUGAUAAGAUUGCGUUCUCUUGUCCACCCACAUCAGAUAACUGUGUGGUGGUAGCGAUAAGGUUUUUAGAAAACUCUGUCAACAUCAACACUUGCCAUCCUGGAGAUGCUGAGUGGGUUGCUGCUACAUUCCCUAGUUAUGGAACACUGAUGUAUGGGAAGAGCAACCUUGUCUACCACAAGGAUCGAUUCUAUUGCUUCAACACAGAAGGAGUUUUGUUUAACUUUCACCCAUCUUCCGGUACGUGGAGUCCUUUUUGUGUACAUAAACUCGAAUGCCCGUAUAUAUACGAUAGAGAGCGAUAUGGACGGAAGACGAAAACAGUUGCCUUGGUAGAGAAAGAAGGAGAGCUCUUUGUAAUGUUUGCAUGCAUGAACGAGAUGCCAAUGGUUUAUGAAUUAGUCUCUUCGAGGUGGGAGGAGGUGAGGAAGACUACACUUCAUGGCUUGACGAUGUUUUUUGGUUUUCAUAACUCUGAGUUGAGAACUAAUCUCCCAUCGAUGAGGAGAAAAGUCUAUUUCUCAAGGUUGGGAUACGAUGGCGAACGUUGUAUAUCAUAUUCAUUCGAUGAAAGCAUGAACAAUCCGGGCAAUGAAUUGCAGAGUUGUAUGGAACUGUGUCGUCGUCAAAUCAUGUGGAUCGAUCCGCCUCCCAUGAAUUCGUUGGACCUUAUGUUAAGCUCUUUGGAUAACAAUUGAUAAGGUAUUUUUCUUUUUUGUUUAUUGUGCUAAUGUGUAACUGAGAAUUUGGGAGUUUCACUGUUGUGUUUGUUUGUGUUUACCAGAACCGUUUCGGCUGUUGUAUAUGUCUUCUCUUUCUACAGUUGACAUCGAACUAUUUCUGAUUUUUGUGAUUGCCGAUUGUUGAGAGAGACAACUUUGCAAGCCAUAGAUUUGUAUCAGCUUUGCAAUAUGCUCUUAGAAGAAAUAGAGAUUUGCGUAGAUGUAUGAAAUUUAUAUCUCGUUGCACUAUAGUAAACAUCAUGAAGAAUAAGGGA